AUGGCAUCACAAAUUAUGAAUAAAUUUAAGCAGCUUGAUGCUUAUGCUAAGACUUUAGAAGAUUUCCGAGUGAAAACAGCAACUGGCGCAAUAAUCACUGUAACUGGCUCAAUUAUUAUGAUUCUUUUAAUUCUCUCGGAACUACAUACUUAUAUGUCUCCUAAUAUAUCGGAAGAACUGUUUGUUGAUACAUCAAGAGGGCACAAAUUAAGAAUCAAUUUUGAUAUUAUUGUACCUAGGAUAUCAUGCGACUAUCUAGUAUUAGAUGCCAUGGAUUCAUCAGGAGAGCAGCAUUUACAAAUGGAUCACAACAUACACAAGAGACGAUUAGACUUAAACGGGGUUCCAAUUGAAGAACCUAAAAAACAAGAAAUAGCUAUUUCCUCAACAGUAAAACAAAAUAUUACAGAAGUUGCCAAAAUAACAUGUGGAAGCUGUUAUGGUGCAGCAUUUAAUGAAUCUCAGUGUUGCAACACUUGUGAUGAUGUAAAAGAAGCUUAUAGACUAAGACGAUGGGCAUUACCUGAUUUGGCUACUAUAGAACAAUGCAAAGAUGAUGAAUCACUAGAAAAAACUAACCUAGCUCUUAAAGAAGGUUGCCAAAUUUAUGGAUAUAUGGAAGUUAACAGGGUUAGUGGUAGUUUUCAUAUAGCCCCAGGAAAAAGUUUUACUAUCAAUCAUGUGCACGUCCAUGAUGUGCAACCUUUCUCAUCAUCUGUUUUUAACACAACUCACAUAAUUAAGCAUUUAUCUUUUGGAACAGAUAUUAAAAGUGCUAAUACUGCUCCUUUAGAUGGUGUCACUGGGUUAGCCAAAGAAGGUAAGUCU